UUAAGGCAGUUGUGCAUAGCCGGUACCGCACAUAAGGCGUGCGCACCGGCUUCCACGCCUCAAAACCCUGAGCGCGUUACCAGGAGGUGCAGGAUUAUUUCAGCCAGCCACACGGAGUCCUGGUGCUCAUACAGAUCAUCAGUCCGGUUUGUCCGCUUCUCACCCCGUGGACCGCUAAAACUAAAAGGUGACUGUCCACCCUGGUUGGAGAGAUACUUUUCCACAGCUGGUAAUUCAAUCGUCAUACUGCAGAUCUUUAAAUAUCUCAUUUGAAAACCGUCCAGCAGCCACGUGGUGUAAAGUGAGACGUUCGGAGCCCGGUGCAGUGACCAGUCUGACAUGAACAGUGGACUGACAGCGUGACCGGUGUGUGCUGCCUCUGCAAUCUUUGAUUUACAUAUUUUUCAGUUUGUACUUAACUGCAAAGGAGUGUUUACAGCUGACUGCAGGGGAUUUCUGUGGUGAGUCCCCAACCCUAUUGUUUUAUAUCCUCUGCUGUUUUGAACCAGUAUGCCUUCUGUUUUUUGCUGGCCUAACCUGAGCACCUUGCAGUGAAUGGAGAACAUACUGGUUCUGCUCCCAAAGCACCGACAGGAACACAGGCUUUGCAGACACGUGGCUGCAUGUGCCUUGCUUCAGGUUUUUUCCAACAGAGCAUUUUUCUCCUGGUCUUUAACACCGACCCCCACACCUUGUCAGCCUCUUUAAUGGGAUAAAUCAGUUGGACUGAUCAGGUUCAAAACCAGAUCUGGUGGCCAAUUCUGACUUCCCCACAAAACCGUUAGUCCAAGGCAAGCUGACCUUUUCUUAUCAAGCCCACUGUCUUCAAAGGCUUCCGCAUGGUACUUUGGUCGAAAGAACAAGACAAACUCCCCGACAUCAACAUGUCCACCGGGGCCAUUGAGAUGAAGAAGGAGGGAGGCCCCCUCACUCCGGCCUUCCUCAACUCCAACUGCACCGUCCACCCGGUGAUCCUCACCAAGGGCCCUGAAGAAGUGAGCCCAGGGACUGGGGACGAGUUUGAACUCACCGAGGUCACAUCUUUCACAGAGCGAGUGAAUGAGACUGGGGACAAUGAUGAGAGGUCGGAGAUUGUGGUAGCCAUGGACUGCCGGGCCAAUGCCAAAGGUCAGCGAGAGGAGGAUGCCCUCCUGGAGAAUGCAAGCCAGAGCAACGAGAGUGAUGACACCAGCACUGAUCAGAGCCCCGAACCACCAGCACCCCUAAAGGAGACCUCAUUUUCCAUCGGCCUGCAGGUGGUCUUUCCCUUCCUGCUGGCUGGGUUUGGGACAGUGGCAGCAGGGAUGGUGCUAGACAUCGUCCAGCACUGGACAGUGUUCACAGAUGUGUCUGAAGUGUUCAUCCUGGUUCCAGCACUGCUGGGGCUUAAAGGCAACUUGGAGAUGACGCUGGCCUCCAGGCUUUCCACAGCGGCUAAUAUUGGUCACAUGGACACAGCCAAGGACAUGUGGAAGAUGAUCAUGGGAAACUUGGCCCUCAUCCAGGUCCAAGCCACAGUGGUGGGGUUCCUGGCCUCCAUAGCUGCUGUGAUCUUUGGCUGGAUCCCAGAGGGACACUUCAAGCUUGGCCAUGCGGUGCUACUGUGUGCCUCUAGUGUGGCCACUGCCUUCAUUGCCUCUCUGCUGCUAGGUCUCAUCAUGAUCGGUGUGAUUGUUGCAUCCAGAAAAGUCGGCAUUAACCCGGAUAAUGUGGCCACACCCAUUGCUGCUAGUCUCGGAGAUCUGAUCACCCUGUCUCUGCUGGCGGGCAUCUCAACAGGACUCUACAAAGAGCUAGAGUACAAUGAUUUUGCCAACCCUCUGGUCUGUGCGGUGUUUGUGGCAAUGUGCCCGCUGUGGGUGCUGAUAGCCAGGAAGAUCCCAUCCACCAGAGAAGUCCUUUACUCCGGCUGGGAGCCAGUCAUCAUCGCCAUGGCCAUCAGCAGUGUCGGUGGUCUGAUCCUCGACAAGACUGUCACCAACCCAAACUUUGCUGGCAUGGCUGUCUUCACUCCGGUCAUCAAUGGUGUGGGAGGUAACCUGGUAGCAGUUCAAGCAAGUCGAAUCUCCACCUAUCUACAUAUGAACGGUAUACCCAUGGGGGACCCUAACCCAACCCCCAGGAAGUGUCCCACACCCUGCACCUCCUUCUUUGGUUCCACCGUGAACUCUCGUUCAGCCCGUGUACUUUUCCUCCUGGUUGCCCCAGGUCACCUCGUCUUCCUCUACACCAUCAACUCCCUGAGGGGGGGGCAUACCACCCUGACACCCAUCUUCAUCACCUUCUACCUGGUUGCUGCACUACUGCAGGUCAUGAUCCUCCUCUACCUGGCAGAUUGGAUGGUCCACUGGAUGUGGGGCCGGGGCAUGGACCCUGACAACUUCUCCAUCCCGUACCUGACCGCGCUUGGCGACCUGCUGGGGACUGGUUUCCUAGCCCUGUGCUUCCACAUGCGUUGGUUCAUCGGGGACCGAGACACUAACGUGGGCAACUGAAUGCAUGCACAGACACACGCACACACACACAAAAAAAAACCUUACAUAUACUGUAUGCUUGCACAUUCAAGCAGUGACAAACAUCACCCGCAUUGCGUGAACACUGAAAGUGGACAUCUACAACAAAAGGGCUAAACUCCUGUCAGGCUCUGACUGACGGUACACCUAGUGCACGUAGCAUUUCAUCUUCAGGAUAUCAGGACACUGUUGCUCAACAGCAGCAGCCAGAAAUCCACGUUAGAAAGAAUGGAAGUCUCCACCUCAACCACACAGCAAAACCCCACAUAUGAUGGAUUCACAACUCCACCUUUAUGUUACUUAAUAAAUGAGUCCUACCACUUUUGUUAUCAUACUGGGGGGCUGGACCAGUCAAGUUAAAUCCCUUUUCCAUAGGUGAAUGACUUCAUUUGAGUCGGACAGGAAAAUGAAAUUGAAAGGCUAUAAUUUCCGUAGCUGUUCACACUCAUUUAUGGCAUUUAGAAUAAGGACUAUCAGACCUGAGGCCAGUUCAGCACUUCAGACAGCUGCUAUAACCGUGGAUUUAUCGCUUAUUCAGUUGAGAGAGAGAGAGAGUUGAGAAUCAAUUAAAUAUUUUCUCUUAAUGAGGCCUGUACAUUUAUUCAGCCCUGUUGUCCACACGGGACACUACUUCCAUUGUUGGAAAACUCCAUUAAAAACUAUGCUCAUCAAAUAUCCUCAUUCAGAGAAAAAUGAAUCAUGCACACUCUGGAAAAAAAGAUGUGGAUAAUGGCUGAGUGACUGACAGUCACACCUGACAUGCAAAACACAACUCACUCUUAGCUGGAGCUCAGCUUGUGGAUGCCAAGAGGUCAGCAAGGUCUUAUUAUACCUGUUCCAGGUGAGAACAGCACCAGUCCCCCCUGUCUGUAACCACUGCCAACUUUCUGCAGAAGCAGGCUGUUUGUUGCUGUUAACCAAGCCAGGCUUUCAGUAAGUGACAAGAGGCUCAACACGCUGCAGCGUGCUUGGAACAAGCCUGCAGACUUUAGCAAACUGAGCACCACUGGGUUCACACAUGAGUGUGAAAAUGUGUUACAUUGCUGUAGCCAGGCUGCCAGGAGGUGCUGACUCGGAUUCGGUCUAGAUGAAACGUGCUGACGGCAGAUGUUUUUUGUGGAUAUUUGGUUCUACUUGAAUGUUCAGUUCCCAAAAAGCAUGUAGACCAUGUUGGAGUAGUGAAUUGUUCCAGUAAGAGACAGUUCAAGGAAUUUUGUCAGGUUAAAGGAGGUUUUGGGAAAGUUAUUAAAUAUUUUAGCAGUUGUACUGGUCUUUAAAUUCAGAUUCACUGAAAGGUCAGCAUAAUUCUUCAAGCUGCCUGAGAACCCAGUCACACCAGGGCUGUAGCAGCUAAAUCUCAUCACACCUGUUGAAUUGCACGUCAGUUAAUAGGGUUAUAGGGCUUUGACCCUUGAGACAGAGUCAUGGCUUAUUAGCCUGCAGUAAGCCCUCCGCUACUAUAAUUGCUAAAAAUAAAAAAUUAAUUUGUAGAUUUUUAUGAGUAAUAACAGCAGAACAGUGGUUAGCACUGUUGCCUGUGUUGGACCCGGGUAGGGACGACUGCUUGGGCAGGUUUUCGGCAGGAGAUUUUCUCUUUCCACUGAAAAACAAGCUACAUUAAAACUGCCUAUCUCUGCUCUUAAAAAGAAAAAAAAACAAAAACAAAAGUUUGAACUUGCUCCUUUUUUAAAACAAAAAAAAAAGAGGCACUGCCCAUGAAAUGAACUGUCUUGAUGCUAUCAGGUCACUAUGCUAACAAGGUUGCUGUCCAUUAGCACUUCUCAUUAGCUUAGUUAAGAAGAAAGUACAUUCAGAUCCUUUUAGACUUCAGUCAUAAGUGACUGGAAAUGAUGGAAAGUGACCAGGAGAAUGAUAUGUGCAAACAGCCCAGUAGUUCCGUGUAUAAGGUUGCACGUGGUAAUGUAUGCACACUAACCCCUCGAGCCUAAGAACUUGAACCUCUUUCCAGUGCCUCUUUAUUGUCUGAACUGAUGUUGGAAAGAAUCACAGAGCUAUUUUAUGAAGCCAAAUCUAGCUUGUAGCUUGCUUACAGAUUUGCUACACAUAGAAAUUUGGGAUUUUGAUGUAAAAUCACAUUGCUAAUAACAUAGCUAUGUGUUUACCUGCAUUGGUUGGCAAGCUUUCAGGCUUGUACCACAAACUUAGCUGUUCUAGUUGCUGGUGUGACUGAGCACUGAGGCAGAAUUCAUUAGUUGUUGCUGUUAUUUUCCCCCCAGUUCUGCCAAAGUGUGUAUUUUUGUUAUUGCAGGUAAGAUAAGAUAAGAUAAGAUAGUGUUUAUUUGUCACAUGCACAGUUAUACACAGUACAAUGCACAGUGAAAUGUAUUUUGUACCUGCAGGUAAAAUGAUAACUGAUGAUAAUAUCAUUAACUUUUUCCUAGGAAUGACUGAAUGAUGUUUGAUAAAAGUUAAAAUGUUAGUGACAUACUGGGAUAAGUUUAGAGCAUGCUCCACCCCUACGCAACUGCUCUGCCAUCAUAUCAGCUAACUCUAUAUUCAAGGGCUUACAGGUGAGGAAGAGAAUGAAACAGGAAGUCGUGAGCCAGUUCGACAGACUGUUACGAGUACCGAUGUCAGUCCAGAGGAAACCUGCAUGUGAUGCUUGACUUAACUGUUUCCAAAGGGGGCCAGCAGAGUGCAUGUGCAGGGAACACGGUGUGAAUGUGCAAAACUUGAUUGUUUUAUCUGUUCAAAAUCUUUGGUCUUAUGAUUUUUUUUAAAGCGUCAAUUAUGUUGAAAUUGUGAUUUUUUUUUUUUUUUUGGUUUGCCUCCUUUCUUCUUAACUCUUCACAAUUAUUGGUUUGUGUCAUGAAUUUUAUCAAACAAACAACCACUGUAAAUGGUGUCUCCAGGCUGGUCAAGUGCAACAUAGUACUGUAAUCUGAAAAACCACCACCAGAGGGCACCGCAGGGAUUACCUUAACUGUACAUCUUCUCUGUGUGUCCUCUGGAUUCAAACCCACAUCUGGAAUGACUAUUUUGAUUUUGUCUGCUUUUCUACAGCGUUUAACUUGUUGUAAAAGUUGCACCCUUCCAUUUCUCCACUCUCAGUCUGUACCUUCCACUCUCGUACUGACCAGGUGCCAGCAUUCUGCCUCUACGUCAAUGGAAAGUUGUGAAUACUUCUAAAAGGGGGCAUGUAAUGCUUUGUCUAUUUAUUUUUAGAAGCACACAAAGCAAAUUGUACAUACUAUAUUUAUUCUAUAUAUAAGGUUGUUUAUUUUGCCAUUUCAUUUUGGCUCGGUUUUAUUGUCGCCAUGUUCUCCUUCAGGCCAGUAGAGCUUUUUAGCAGUCUCUGCAAUAGAAUUGUGGUGAGGCUAAUGACUAGCACAGCACCUAAUAACCGUCUUUAUACGUCUCACACGUGCGCCCUAUCUCACACAGGGAAAGCAUACUUAUGAAACAUAGGAUGGCCUUAACCUAUCAGAGCCAAGCUCUAUUCAGAGUAACUAAUCAGGAGCUAGGUUCGCCACAGAGUAGCGUCUGCUUACUUAGCUCUGAUUUUUGAAAAAAAAAAAAAUUGUACAAUAUGUUGAUUAAGUGUAAUGUAAUAAUGACUUUAUAUGAUGCUGCAGUGGAGAUCAGUUUUUGUUCAGUUUUGGAAGCUGGUAGCAAGCUGCUUUACAGGGCAUGUGGGAAGUAAGAGACCAACACACCAGAAUACACAGAGGUCUGCGGUUCCUCUUCUUAGGAAUCCAGAUGUAUCUCCCCCUGCAUCUUACAUAUCCAGCCUUUAAAACCCAUCACCCACCUGCUGCCUUUUUAACCUCAGUGCUUUGAAUCCUUGAACCCCUGAACUCACAGGGAACCGCGCUGACCCCCAGACUGCCAUCACUGACUUUAAAUAUAAGCUUUUGACUCAAAAUCUCAAAAUUAUUGUAAACACAUGAACAGUCUUACUGGGUCUGAGGUCUUUGUGUUCUCUGUGUGUUCCUUUUGUAAAAGCCCUCCCUCUGUGAGACAGGAGGAAGGCUUUCUCCCUGCAGGACUUUGUAAAUUGCUGGAAAUAAAGAACUAUAUUAUUUCA